UCCAUCCUGAAUGCCAACCCAACCUGCAUGCCCGUCGUAUCUUUUUCUCUUAGCUGCUUAGCAGAGUGGAUUGGCCUGCUCCCCGCUCUCACUGGCCGUCCGUCUCUUCUCACUCCCUCUCCCGCUCUUCCUCCUCGUAUCGUCGCUGCCCCCCGAUGGCGGCCGCGGCGAGCCUCACGGCCACUGCUCCAUCCCCUCCAGCCCUCCUCCUGAAGACCUCGCCUCCUGCGGUUAUCUCGCUCCGGCCCGUCUCCCGCCGCUCCAAGCUCCUGUCCGUCAAGACCAAGGCCACAGAAAAUGACCAGAGUGCUAAAAAGACUCAGAAGGUAAACAGCAUUCUUUGCCAGGACUGCGAAGGAAAUGGUGCAAUUGUAUGCACCCAAUGCAAGGGAAGUGCGGUGAAUUCUGUUGACCAUUUCAACGGCCGAUUUAAAGCUGGAGCGAUAUGCUGGCUUUGCAGAGGAAAGCGUGAAAUCUUAUGCGGUAGCUGCAAUGGCGCUGGCUUCUUGGGUGGAUUUCUGAGCAGUUUCGAUGAAACUGCACAAUAGGGUCACUGGUUUAUGUUCUUCUCUCUUUUCAAGUUGUAUUCGACCAAAAUAUCUGUAACAUUUUAUUUGCGUCCUCGAAACCAGCAGGUCGAUUUGUGUCGUUAAACUAUUUUCAUUGCGUUAUCUUUAUGAAUAUGCAAAUCGGCCCAGCCACAUCAUAAGGA